UUAGUCUAUUGUAAACGUGUAUCAGUUAGCUGCUGCCUGUUUUUAACAAAUACAAAACUGUAUGCAAAACUAAAAUGUAGUUUUAUACGUACUGUACCCUAAAAUGAAUCACUUUCUUUUUCUCCAUCUUUGUGUGGACAAGUCAGAGCUCGAAUUACACCACUGUUAUUUUCACUUUCGACUAGAGAGCUUUGCUGGUGAAAUGGCGUCGAUCUCAGUGAGUGAGCUGAGGAUUGUUCUGAUUGGGAAGAAUGGAUCAGAAAACAGCCGAGUGGAAAACGUCAUCAAGAGAGGAGCAGCAGCAGUGUAUGACAGCGGAGCUUCAUCUCAUGUCCGGCAGACCGGAAUUAAUGGACAGGAGAGAAACAUCAGAGUCUUCAACAUGCCAAACCUGCUCCAGGUUGAUCCCCCACAGCAGCAGUUCACAAAUAGAGUUAGCAUCUACAUGGAACAGUUUGCUCCAGGUCCUCAUGUGUUCAUACUCGUACUGCAGUAUAAAGACUUCACUAAGCAGGACAAACACAGAGUUGAAAAUGUUCUGAACCUUUUCAGUCAGAAGGCCAUCAAACACACUAUAGUGCUGACCACUGAUGAAGAGACACGCACUGCCAAAUUUUCUUCUUAUGUAAUGAAUAGUGCUGUUUAUAGUUUAAUAAAGGUGUGUAAUGGAAGACAUGUAAAGUUUGACAGUACACUAGAUUAUUACUCUAGGUUGUUGAAAAUGAUCGAGAAAAUUCUCAUUGAAAGGCAUGAAGAAUUUGUCAUCUGUGACAUGUAUGGACAUGGAGUUGUUGGAACAUCAGUGGACGCAGAGCCAGAGAAAUCAGACAAUAGAUGUCGUGGAAAACUCAUUGAAAGCACAAAAACAGGAAGCGAUGAUGAGGGUGAGUCAAAGUAUUUUUUUAGUAUAGGAUAUCAUAGACUAUUUCAUGGCCUGCUAUUUUUCUUUCCUUUAAAUGUUAUUGACAGCAGAAGAAACUAGGUACACUAAAAUAUUUUUCAAUUUUUUUGCAUCCUCUCAUAAAUAUUCUGCCAUUCCCCUGGGAAACUUUGUAUUCCCUUGCAAAAAAAACAAAAUGAAAAAUUGCAUUCAGCUUCCAGAUAGUACAAAACAAAGAGUAAAGGGAGAAACGGGGUGUCAGGUUCAUGAAAGUGAAUGGGGUCUGGAUAGUCAAAAUCUCUGGAAAUCUGGAUCCAAAUGUCUGGUCUGGCCACCAAGGUGGAGGUAGUGAGACAGGAGAGCAAGAAGAAACUGGAUUCAUGACCUUUGUUUUUCUGAGUACCACCAUGAUGAAGCAGGCUCUGGAUCUGGCAGUUCUUCAUCUGGAUCUGUAGGCUCUGGCAACAGGACUGGUGUAGAGACUGGCAGCUCUGCCAACUCUUGCAUGGACACUGGUUGGUCUGGCAGCUCUGACAUAGAUAUUUAAGGCUCUGGCAUCUGUGAAGACUGGCAGCUCUGGUUACUCUGGUGUGGAGACUGGAAGCUCUGUCAUUGAGACUGGCACCUCUGGUAAAUUUGUCAUGGAGACUGGAAGCUCUGAUGUGGUGACUGGUGGAUCUGGGACCUCUAACAUGAAGAAUGGCAGUUCGGGUAACCCUGGGGUGGGACUGGUGGCUAUAGCAACUCUGUGUGGAGAGUGGUUGUUCUUGCAUGAAGACUCGUUCUGCAGAGCAGUGCGCAUCACAGACACACAAGAAAGAAAAUAAGCUAAACAGCAGACAGAUGAGUGCUUACAGGGUCUGUGGAGCUUGAUAGUUUGUAUUGCAAAUAUCUUUGCAAGCUGAACUAAAAAAAUCUCAGAGAAACUCAAAAGUCUUGAGAAAAAAAUGCAAAAGAUUUGAAAAAUAGUUUUUUUUUCUUCCAUCUUUUAUUUAUUUUGCAACCAUUUCCCUCUAAAGGCUUUUCACCUAAAGCAUUUUGCAAUAUAAUAUUUGUUGAGAUUUUAAGAAGUCCACAUUUGAACCAAGAUUUGAUAACUGUCUCAAACAAUUGUUUUCAUUGACUUCUUCUGGAAAAGGAAAGCUCAAUGUUGUCCUUUGUGGGAAUAAUACAACACUUAAGAGCUCAGUGUCUAAAGUGUUCAGAGGGACACUGAAUAAACCAAAGAAAAUAAAAGGGCAUAUUCUCCAAAAAGACAGAAGUAAUGAGUGUGUGAAGAAGGGUGGGAAGUUUGAUGGGCGGGAGAUCAGUGUAGUGAAGCUUCCAGCACUCAAUCAGCUCUCAGAAGAGGAAAUGACACAGGAGACGCUCAACUGUCUAUAUCUGUGUGAUCCUGGAGUUGAUCUGUUCAUCCUCGUCACUCCUGUCACUCCACUCACUAAAGAAGACAGAGCAGAAAUGGAGAAGAUCCACAGAACGUUUUAUUCAAAAGAGCACUUUGUAGUGCUUUUCAUUACUGAACACACCGUCAACCAAAGUCCAUCAGAGUUUCAGUUAUCAGAGGAAUCUCAGAGGAUUGUGAGUCUCUACGGAUGCUGGUAUCGUGUAAUGGGUUUAAAAGACCACAGAAACACUGAACAGAUCUCAGAGCUGCUACAAUAUACAGACAACAUGAAAACUGAACCCUAUUCACUUCAGACACUUAUGAGAGCCAGACAUGAACUAGGGGCAAAGCUGAGUGAGAAAGACGGUGAAAUCCGAGAGUUACAGCAAAAGAUCAACACACUGGAGAGUGUGAAGCUGAACCUAGUUCUGUGUGGGAGUAACAGAAAAUUAAAGUCCUCCUUAUCAGAGCUGUUUUUGAGUGAGAGCACGAGAGGAUCUGUGGUCAGUUCAGAGUUCACGAAAAGAGACCUGGAUCUUCAUGGUCGUCUGAUUAAUGUAAUGGAGUUUCCAGCUCUCAUUAAUCUCUCAGAGGAGGAAGUGAUGCGUCAGACGCUCCGCUGUGUGUCUCUCUGCCAGCCUGGAGUUCAUCUCUUCAUCCUCAUCAUUCCUGAAGAAGCUCCUCUCAAUAAUGAAGACAGAGCAGAAAUGGAGAAGAUGCAGAAGAUAUUCAGCUCCAGACUCAACAAGCACAUGAUGAUCCUCAUACAGCAGGACUCAGAGCUUCAUACAGCAGAACUCAGUGAAGAAACUCAGGCUGUUAUUCAGAGUUUUGGAGAACAACAUUAUUUCAUCAGCCCAAACACACCAGUGUCCACAUUAAUGGAGAAGAUUGAGCAGAUGGUGGAAGAAAACAAAGGACAGGUUUUCUCCACAGAGACAUUUCUGGAGCUGCAGAUGGAGAAACUGCUCAAGCAUGAUGAAAUGAAGAGAACAAUCCACAAGUUAGAGACAUUGUUUCAGUCACAAGAUUCAAGUGAAAGUGAAGAUGACCUGAGGAUUGUUCUUCUGGGUAAAACUGGAGUUGGGAAGAGUGCAACUGGAAACACCAUCUUAGGGAGAAAAGAAUUUAAAUCAGACAUCUCUCAAAGCUCUGUUACGAAUGUGUGCCAGAAACAAACAGCUGAAAUCAAUGGCCGACACAUCACUGUGAUCGACACUCCAGGACUGUUUGACACUAAACUCAGUAAUGAAGAAAUCAAGAGAGAAAUCAGCAACUGCAUCUCCAUGAUCCUGCCUGGACCUCACGUGUUUCUGCUGCUGAUUUCACUGGGAAGAUUCACUCAAGAAGAGGAAAAAUCUGUGAAGCUCAUUCAAGAGACAUUUGGAGAAAACUCUUUAAUAUUCACCAUUGUGCUGUUCACCAGAGGAGACGAUCUGGAUAGUAAAGACAUUCAACAUUAUCUAAAUAGUCCUGGAUCGACUUUAAUGAAGCUAAUUGAGGCAUGUGGAAACAGAUACCACGUCUUUAAUAACCGGUCUGGAGACCAAAAGCAAGUGUCUGAACUACUGGAGAAGAUCAACAACAUGGUGAAGGCAAAUGGAGGGAGUUACUACUCUUGUAAGAGGUUCAGAGACAUUGAGAGAGAUCGACAAAACAAAGAAAGGAAGAUGCUUUUGAUGAAACAUGAAGAAGAAAAAGAAACGAUGAAGAAAAUAAUGAAGGAAGAACAGCAGAGGAGUAAGAGAAGUGUGGAUGAAUUUAGGGAUAGAGUAGAACGAUAUGAAACAGAGAUCAAAGAAAAAGUGGAACAAGAGAGAAGCGUACGUGAUGAGAUGAUGCAAGAACGAGAAAAAUGGAAAAGAGAGAUAGAAAAGGAAAGACAAAAAAGAAAUGAAGCGGAUGAGAUGAGAAGAAAGAUAGAACAGGAAAUGUGGGAUAGAUACAGUGAAAGUCUGAAGGAGAAAGAUGAACUUCAGUUGAAAUAUGAAGACGUGAAAGGAAGAAUUACAGUGAUGAAAAGAGACAUACAAGACAUAGAGGAUAGUGAGAAAAAGAUUCAAGAGGAGAUGAAGAGAGAUAGAGAUGACUGGGAGCGACAGAAACAACUGGAAAUACAAAGAGAAGAAGAAGAAAAAGAAUCAAGAAAAAAUAACGAACAUGGCAACGAAAUUCCAGAGGAUCAGGGUACAAGUGAUAGUGAAGCUUCAGAUCUAGAGUGUUUGAGAAUCGUGCUCUUUGGUAAGAAAGGAACAGGAAAAUCUGCCACAGGAAACACUAUUCUCGGAAAUGAAGAGUUUAGCACUGCAGCCGGUUCGCAAUUGAUGACCAAAAAUUGUCAGAAGGGAGUUGGAGAAGCUGAAGGUAAAAGAGUAUCCAUUGUUGAUACUCCAGGACUCUUGGACACAACAUUGUCAACUGACGAAGUGGUAGAAGGAAUAAUGGAAAGUGUUUCACUGUCAGCUCCUGGACCUCAUGUGUUCAUCAUUGUGUUGAGUUUGGAGAAAAUCACCCAGGAGGAGAAAGACCUUUUAGACUUGAUAACGAAGAUGUUUGGGCCAGAAGCAGCAAAGUUCAGCAUUGUUCUCUUCACUAAAGCAGAUACUCUGAAAAACCAAACAAUAACACAAUAUGUGGAGAAAAGCAAAUAUUCGAAGACCCUCAAGAGUCUGAUCAGUGCAUGUGGAGACAGAUUCCUGGCCUUUAACAACGCAGAAACACAAGAUCAGACACAAGUUACUGAGCUGUUCAAUAUGAUAGAAGAAAUGAUGCAAUCAAAUCAGGCUGAACACUUCACUAAUGAGAUGUUUGAGAAGAUAAAGAUCAGUAUUAAUAAAAGGGAAGAACUAGAAGAGAAUAAAAGAAAAAAUCAAGCUCAAGUUGAAGAGUUACAAGCCAAAUACGAGCUGGAAAUCAGAAACAAGAGGAGGAGACUGGAGGAGAAGAAGCGAAAGACAGAAAAAGAACGAGUGAAGUUGGAGAAUAAAUACAUUAUAAGAGCAGAAACACUGAUGAGACAGUUUGAGGAGAAAGAGAAAUCAGAUCUGGAGAAACAGAAGGAGGAGGCUCAGAAACAGGCAGAUCUGGAGAAACAGAUGACAGAGGAAUAUAAUCUGAGGAUAGAGGAGAUUGAAGAUCAGAGAAAGGAGUACGAAAAACAGCAAGAAGAAAGAAAAGAUCAACAGAGAGGUGAGAUGUACGAACAAGAUCAAGAACAGACGAAACAUGAAGAACACAUAGAAGAAGAAGAGGAAACAAAAAUGGCAGAAUUUGACGAAAAGAAAUCUGAAAUAAAACAACAUUACGAGCAGAUGAUGAAGGAGAGAAAAGAGGAGUAUGACAUAAGAAAACAGGAGGAUGAGGAGAGACAAAAGCAGAAGAGGAAGAGAUGGGAGAAAAUGGUAAAAGAUCUGAAACGAGACCAAGAAGAGGAGAUCAAGAGAAGAGACAAAAUGGAGAGAGAAAGAUUACAAAGAGAGGAAGAAGAGUGUGAGGAAAUGAUAUUGACAAAUCAAGCAGAGAUACAGAGGAUAAAAGAUGAACAUCAAAACAAAGCCUGGGAGGAAAAACAAGAGCUGCAAGAUUUUGAAGAGGAAAAGCAGAUGCAUAUUAAGGAGUUCAGGAUGAGGGCUAAAGAAGAACUGAAUAAACUAAAAAAGGGAAAAUCAUCUUGCUAUGUCAUGUAAAAUAAUUCAAAUGACACUUAUCAGCCAGCCCUCCGGGAUCUUCUGUAUUUCAUUUGGCUGAAAAUCCUUUCAAGAGUUCACAUUUAGAUAUUGCUUGAUAAUAUUAGCAGGUUUGGUAUACUGUGCUGGGAAAGAACCCUAAGCUCGGAGAUAAUUGAGCCCACAGCUCCCGCCUGGUAAAUGAGCAUGUAAGGGGGUACGAGAUUAAGUAGGUCUCAAGAGCUCCCCCUGGUAAAGGAGGAAAGGUGGAGAUGGGCUGGAUGGUGGAUUCUAUUAAAAACGCAGAUGAGGGAGUAACACUACAUUGGCUGUUUAUUUGGAAUCAUCUGGAACGAUCCGAUUGGCUUACUAAUGAUAACAGAUGAGAGACCAGCUGCGAUCAGUCCUAUCACAUGCUCCUCUUCAAAUAAGUUUGUGAAACUUCACUUAUCUAAAUUUAUGUUCUUUGUCCAAAAUUUGCCACCAGUUUAAAAAAGAUCACUCAUUACGCUAUAUUAUCAACCUCUGUCAACUUAUUUUCUUUUUUUCUUAAAUAUAAUUUUUCUUACUAUUUGAAAAGGAUUGAUUGUAGGUCUGGUGGUUCAUCUCAGCAUGUGUGCACUGCAGUUUUCAACAUUAACAUUUUCAACAUUUUUAACACUGCAGAAAAACAUUAUUUGUACAAUUUUGGCAAUAAUAGCCCAAAAACCUAGGCCUUUUUGAUCCUGCAAACAUUGCUAGUAACUUCUAAUGAUAUACUCUCAAAAAUAAAGCUGCAAAAGCUGUCACUGGGGCAGUACCUGUUCAAAAAGUACAAGUUUGUACCUGAGCAGAUCACAUUGGUGGAGCUUUCACAACUGCGUUGUUUAGCUUAGCUGAUUUGCAUUUUAGUUCAUUUUCCUAUAUGGUGGGGUUCGUUUGGGCAGGUGUGAAGGCAGCAAUCUCAGUACACAUUGGAGCAGUUCAUUUGUGGUGAUAAUGUGAUCUAGACUCAAACAGGCACAACAGCAAAAAGUGCGCAUUUCUGUGUUUCUCAGCACUCUUUCAUAGGAAUAUAUAUAUAUAUUAUUCUGACCAAUGGAAAAGCAGUUUAGGAAAUAUGUUCAAUGACAAACCUGCCCAAUGAGUGAUGUGGAUGUUGUCACAUGAUUGCAUUUUGGUGAGUUUUGGACCAGAACCAUCAGUGUGGUGUAAGACAAAAAUGGCUUAAAAUUGCUACAAUUUAUUAUUUAAUGCCCUUGAUUUGAACCAAAAUGAAACUUUUUGGUUUUGAUUGUCAUGCCAUCAAUUCAUUUCAGUUUGAUAUCUCUGUGCAUCACGGUGCAUUGACGAUGCUUUCCAUAAACAAUUUGAUAUUACUUCACAGCACAACAAUUCUUGUAUUAAAAUUACUAAACGAGAUUACGCCUCUUCCUGUUUUCUUUGAAACAGUCGCACUAAUGAUAAGUGUGCUGGGGCACUGAAAGUAAAAAUGCAGUGCAGGUCAUCAGGGGAGGGCUGACAGUCGCGUCUGGGCUCAUUUCAAGGCAAUUGUGUUUAUAGUACGAGUAAACUCUAAUAUACUAAGGUGAACCUGUGAAUUAAAUCUUACUCCACAUCUUAACUAUCAUUCGUACAUUUCAGUAGGUUAUAUUUAGGCCACACUCCAUGGGAAAAGUUGGUUUAGGGGGCACGUCUUCUUUUGAAAAUUCAUACAUUUUACAGCUUCGACUUAUUUAUUCGACAGUACCUACAGUAGUUAUGUUUUCCCAUGAGAUUGGGUUAGAGCAGGGCUAAAUUUGUGCCAUAACACGCCGGAUCCGGAUCCUCUGAAAUCUGAUUAAGCACCUCAUUUUACCGAUACCCCUCCUCAAAUGCCCUCCUCACCUAUCCGUUCCAUAGCUUGCCGGAUCUGUUACCCCAAUCUGUUCCGGGACCUCGUAAUUCACAAAUUAAGCACUGGGUUAGAGUCAUGUGGGAUGUAGGGAUUUACAAGCAACAUUUAUGCCUAAUAAAACAAACAGAUAUUUCACAGUUUUUGUUUAUUCUCAUUUAUAAUCAAUAUAGUCUACUCAAAGUAAUUAGUCAUUUAAUUGUUCUGCUUAAAUCCUAUAACCAUUUAUCAUACAUUUUAUUGAUGCAGUCAUUUACAUAGCUUUCACCUAUUUUUCCAUUAGUUUAUAAUGCUUGCUGUUUUAGUUUAGCUUUAUGUUGGGUGGUUUAAAGGGAUGUUUGUAUAACUAGAAAUUAGAGAAUUGCUGCAUACAAAUUUGCCAACUUAUACUAUGUCCUAAAAGUGUGUACUUAUUUUUUUGUAAAGAAAUACAUUUAGGUGUAUAACGUUAACAGAUGAGUAUGGAAGCUUAUAGAUAAACUAUUUCCUCAUUAACGGAUUGUUACGCUGCUUAGUUAUCUCUACACAUCAUCCUCAUUUCUUCCAUAUUUAAUUUCCUACCUUAUUGUAGAUUCAUCUGUGUGUUAAUCUGCCAUUCACGAGUCUUUCAUGCAGAGAAAUCUCCUCAGGUGUUUGGAUAAUUAUAGAUUUCGAAGUUAAUGACCAAACAUGUCUUUAAAAGAUCACAUUGCUGUUGAAGAUGAAAUAUAUUGCUAAAAACAUUAAAAAGAUGUAUUCAGAAGGUUCGAUAUUACAAAUUACCAUUACUAGCAGUCAAUCAAACAUUUCACCGAGCCUCUCCACUCAACCGUCAAUUCCGCGCGUCCGCCAUUUUUGUAGUUUGUUUACACCUUUUUUUCCGUAUUUGUAGUUCUAAUCGAAUUCACGCUCAACAGUGUGAUCACCUGUUGUAAACGCCAGAUCAAAAUAACGCAUUUAAAAAUUAUAGCAGCCGAUUUGUGUCACUUUUUAUGAGAGUAGUGAAUAAUUGUCUCGGUAUGUAGCCUAUGUAAAUUAUGAAACACCCUAAGAAUUAUUCUCUUAAUUUGUCAUCAGCCAAUAUUUCCAUCUGCUUUCUGUAAUGUUUUUGAAUGAAUAAAACUCCAUAAAUAAAAUCCAUGUAUUCAGGUAUACGUUAAACACACAAUUUAAAAUGGACUACUGUUCCUUAUAAUGCUUUUAUAGUUAUAUAAAUUUAAUGUGAUCUUGCAUGAAUUAUAAUCAGGUGCUAGCAAUAUUUACCCACUAAAUCUCUAGUGAAACAAUAAGGGGUUCUAAAGGUCUGCUCUUCGAAUUUUCUAAUGGAAAUAUUACACUCAAUUAUACUAUGAGUUCCUUUUUCGAAUACUAUAGGAUGAUAGUUUGUGAAUUAGGAUUCAGCAAAUGUCUUCAGUUAAAGGCUUUAAUAUCACUGUACGCUGUUGUAAUGCCAUCAGUUUACUUUUGCUUUGUUAUAACAUCACCCAUUAAAGGUCAGACCGAUGUUAAACCGAUGUACGCAACUAAGAUUAAUCAAUAAAGCUUGCUGACUUCA